AAAUAGCCGCAUUAAGUGAAAAUGUCAGAACUAAUAGAAGUGCUUUUCACCAGUGAUUCCAAUGAAUCGCAGGCUUCCAUUACUGCGUUGGACUACAAAACUGGUACUAAUUUAAUGACCUAUAAAGCUGGUGGUGUCGUUCAACCGUGUUCUAUUUCAUUAUUGAGUCAACACUAUAUCCUGGCAGCAAAUAGUACUAAGCCUCUACUUCAUGUUUGGCCUAUUAACUCGCAACAGCAGUUAACAUCUGUACGUUUUGUGCUUCCUGGUCGUGCCAAUUCGGUGGAAAUUUCGCCCGAUAAUCUUUAUCUUGUUGCAGCAAUACAAGAAAAUAUUUACCUAUGGCAAUUGUCAUCCGGAAAAAUGCUGAAUACUAUCUCAAAACAUUUCCAACCCAUCAAUUGUAUACAAUUUGAUGAAGAUUCACAUUUUGCUUCGGCUGGACAAGAUGGUAGUGUAAUGAUAUGGAACUUGACGACUGUGUGUGCACGAGAUGAUGACAGCCAAACGCCGGUAUAUACUUUCAACGAUCACGGCCUUCCAGUGACUGAUGUGCAUAUAGGCAUGGGUGGCAUACGUGCACAUAUGAUGACUGUGUCGCUAGAUCGAACUUGCAAAAUUUAUGAUCUGUUAAUAGGUGCUCUGGUUUUGAAUGUUGUAUUUACUGAAGCUUUACAUAGUGUCACAGCAAACUCUUUGGAAACAUCUGUUUACGUAGGAACUUGUGACGGAAACAUUUAUGAAUUUAAUACAGAUGUUGGCGCUGAGAGCAAGGAAGUUCACAUACAGAAGGAGUACUCAAAUCUUUUUAAAGGACACAAGGAAGAUACCGCAGUUACUUGUCUAGCAUUAUCAAUAGAUGGUCAAACACUGAUCUCUGGUGGUCAAGAUGAGCAAGUUUGUAUUUGGGACAUUGCAAGUCGUCAGCUUAUAAAGCGUAUGCAGCACAAAGGUCCUGUAACAAACAUUAAAUUACGUUUAACUAACCCAGACAUAUUCAAACCGGAAAAUAAACCCCCUAAAAGAUUUUCCGGAAAUCUCCGACGUAUGCUUGACCCACCAGAAGCUGACGAUGAAGAUCUCAUUGAAAUUAUGGUAACCGAAAGACUUGAAUUGCCUUAUAAAGAUGAUUGGUGGCCAAUGCCUGAAUAUCCAGUUGUUUACAAUGAAAACACUACCACACCCGCGAAUAAUACGUCGACAUCAACCUCUGCUACAUUCAAUGCCACAGAUGAGGACGCGGCAAAAGAAAUAGAAAGAUUACGAGCGGAAGUAGAACAUUUGAAGUUGGUAAACAAACAACUAUUCGAAGUGUCUGCGAAGCAAUUAUUAGAGUCGAAAAAAUAACGUUUAGUUUGUACUAUUUUUCUAUAAUUGUUGUCAACACGAAUAAAUUUAAGUUAAAUAGUAAAA